AAGUGCUCUAAGAGUAAAUUCUUGGAAGCCAACCACAGUGAUGCAAAGUCAGCGCCUCUCUCAGAAUUGUAAGUUUUGAGCUUAUCUCACCCACCCACCUUUCCUGACAGUGAAGGGUUGCCUAUAAAUACAGGCUUGCAAAGCACCAGGCUUCAUUCUCCUGAAUCUCACUCCUCCCCUGAAGAACGAUCUUGCUUGCCUAAUUGCCUAGCUCCAGGGAUUCUUCAUCUGGGCAGCCUUGUUUGGCGAUCUAAUUGCACAGACCUGGAAUCUUGAGGCUCCGGAUGAUUUUGCCGACUGCUAGAGUGGGACAGAAGAGUCUGGAUUUAUUGGACUCUUGAGAUCACCAGCCGACACUCUUUGAAUCCACUUCUAAGCCUUUUGUUUACUCCCUGUAAACUCUUGACCCAUUUCAGAACAGGAGGAUUGCCUUUAGGCAGUGAUGGGCUUUGGCUGGAAGAGCGGAGUGCCUAGCUUGGGGUUGGGCUCCCUUCUGCAAGUGCUUGCCAGCACCAUCACCAUGCUAUGGGUUGUGCUCCUUCUCCUGGAAGCCUCGUCAUUCGCUCAUGAGGUAGCAUGCCCUCUGGAAUGCGAGUGCCCAAAGCCGCCAGCCUGCCACCCAGGUGUGCCCCUGGUCAUGGAUGGCUGCGGCUGCUGCCAGGUUUGUGCCGGUCAAUUCAAUGAGAUCUGCAGCGUGCUGCAACCGUGUGAUCAAGGGCUCCACUGUGAGCAGGUGAUGGGACACGGUGCCAAAGGUGGAAUCUGCAGAGCCAGCACCCCAGGGCGCCCAUGCACUAAGGAUGGCAAAGUGUACCAGCACGGCGAGACGUUUCGGCCCAGCUGCCGGCUCCAGUGCACCUGUGUGGAUGGUAGAAUUGGUUGCCUGGCCCUAUGCCCUCUGCAGCUGCCCACUCCGCCCGUCUCCUGCCCCAAUGCUCGCCUGGUGCAGGUAGUCGGCACCUGUUGCAAGAAGUGGAAAUGUGUCACUCAAUACUCCAAAGACUGGGCAUGGGGAGUUGCCAAGUGGACGGGCAAGUUCGAUUCCAUCAACGAGGUGGUUGAGCACAGAAUGGCAGCAAAGAGGUUAAGGGGCCGUUUCAAGAACCGCAGAGUCCAGAGUCCCGGGUGCACGGUCAAGGCCACGGAGUGGUCGCAGUGCUCAAAGACGUGCGGCGUCGGCAUUUCCACCAGACACAGCAACAACAACACCAAGUGCAAACUGAAAGAGGAGAUGAGGCUCUGCCAGAACCGACCCUGCAGCAUGCUGAAUGAUCUCACUCCGAAGGAAGGCAGCGGCUGCUUGAAAGUGUACAAGGAGAAGGUCCCCAAGGCGUUUGUGUAUGAAAGCUGCACCAGCCUGAAGAAGUACAAGCCCAAGUACUGCGGGAUGUGCCAGGACAGACGCUGCUGCCAGCCAUCUGCGACCAGAACUAUCAAUGUCCGUUUCCACUGCCCGGGAUCGGGCACCCUUGUCGUGCAGGUGGCGAAAAUCCAGAGGUGCGAGUGCAGCCGCCGGGCCAGUGAGUGCGCCCUGACGGCCCCUAUAAGCUACGACUGGAAGAGGAGCCUGCGUGGUCCCGUGGAGCCCCAGUGAGGCCACUCUGGCCGCUCCAAAACGCAGAACGCCUAUCACACGGCACUGCCCCACACCGCUCCAUCCUGGCUCCUUAUUGCCACCUAGUGUCAAGAUCAAGCAUUUCCCUUUCACUCGCAGCUCCUGGUGGCCAGUUGGGUUCCUGCUGGGCAGUCCGCUGAAGCCACGAGGAGCAGGGGUCAGCCACUCGGCCCCUCAAGCUUUCCCCCCCCACCAAAUCAUCAUGGCUGAUCUGCCCCAGGGAUUCACCCCUUUCUCCACACCAGUUCCACCUUGGUUACUUUCUGCCGACCUUCCAAAAGCUGAUUUAUUCAUAGGUCUUUUUUCUGCACUAACAUUUGUAUCACCUUACAAACACCUGCUGUAAUUGUUCCGUUCCAAUUAACUAUCACCCUGACGCUACCCAUAAUUAAACUAAUUGACCAUACACAGUAUCUUAGUCUUUAAUGAGUAACAUGAAUCAUUUAAUUAUUGUUAUUACUGUUUGACAAAGGGCUUUGAAAAUGUAUGGGAGAAUACAUAACAGCGGCGUACUGUCUAACGCUAUUACAGCUCGGGAUGUCAGAGGGUAGAGUUCAAUACCAACAUCAUCUAUAGGGUGUUUAUAUAUCCUCUCGGUGGGAUGAACCAUCUUUCUCCAAGUGCUCCAAUUUCCUCCCAGAGUCCAAAACCGUACCGGUCAGUAAGUGAAUUGGUCAUUGUAAAUUGUCCUGUGAGUAGGCUAGGGUUAAAUCGGGUGGUUGGGGGCUCAAAGAGCCGGUAGGGCCUGGCCCACCCUGUAUCUCCAAAUCAGUAAAGUCAGACAGGUUGAUAAACCCAAUGGGCAGCACCCUGUCUUUACAGGACAAAAUCUGAUUUUCUCAAGUGAGGCCAUUUACCUCCUCUUAAGUGUCUCCAGUGAUCCAGACUCCCCAACUCAGGAGGGGAGAAAAUUCCAGUGGUUCACCUACACCUGCACACUGCUCCAUAGUUCUCUACUUUUUUUGCUGUCUCCUUUGGUGAACAAGUGAAUCACAUUCGGAGUUUCCCAUCCGCGGGAACCCUCCUAGAGCUCAAUAGUUUUGAAAAACAUCAACCAGUAGCUCCAUUAUCCGUGUACCCUGUAAAAAGCUUGGGUGCUACCCAUCGUGAUCUACAGGAAACACAGGCCAUGUACACAGGAGUAGGAGUAUUCGGCCUACUGAUUCUGCUCUGCCAUUCCAUCCUGCCUUCUCCUGACUAAUCAAGAAGCUAUCAACCUCCACCUUAAGGAUACCAAAUGACCUGGCCUCCGCAGCUGACCAUAGCAAUGAAUUCUGCAGGUUCACUCCCCUUUAGCUAAGGAAAUUCCUCCUCAUCUCUUUUCUCAAGGGAUCUGUCACCUUAUCCGACUUUACUCCCAGCAGUUGUUUCUGUACCUUGCCCCGGUGUUAUAUGUUACGUUAUGAGAACUGUUAUAUGUUCUCCCAUGCUAUCUGAAACUUGUCCAUCUGUUAUCUAUGUGAUGCUUAUACUCUCUUCUAUCUACCAUGCAGACCGAUGUGAAGUGUUGGUUUAAGUUACAGAUUGUUGCCACAUUAUGCAAUGGUUCUGCUCCAGAGAGCUGUCUGUAAGCCAAUUUCUUCAGAAAUGUUACUGUAGUAGCUGUAGUAACCCAUAUGAUAGAUCUGUACAGCCAUCUGCUCUAAUUCUUUCACAUUGUGGAAUAAUUAUCCUCAUGCUACCAAUAAUUAAACUAAUAGAAUAUAUACUGUGUCUC